AUGUCUAACUAUCAGGAAAUCGUCAACUUAAACAUCGGUGGUACAAGAUUUUCAACUUCAUGGCAUACUCUAACAUGGGUACCAGAUACAUUUUUCACGGCUCUACUCAGCGGUCGUAUACCCACGGUGCGGGAUGAAACUGGAGCUAUAUUUAUAGAUAGAGAUCCGAAUCUCUUCGGUCUCAUUCUCAACUUCUUACGCACUAGAGAUAUAGAUCUAAAUAACGUAAACAUAAGGGCAUUGAGGCAUGAAUGUGAUUACUUUGGUAUCACUCCUCUAAGCAGGAGACUUGCAUUGUGUGAUGAGAUGAACCAUUCUUCAUGUGGGGAUGUACUUUUCCAUGGAUAUCUUCCACCACCAUUAAAUGCACCCUUACCAAAUGGCAGUACUUCAAGAUGUGGAACAGUAUCUAGAAAGAAUUCUACAGCAUCUAACACAGAAGUAACAGCUAACAGAACACAUUCACGUAACUCCUCAUUAGAUUUACGAGCGGUAGGAAGGAUUCCAUCACAGGACCAAUUAAGUCGAUGCGGUAGAGGUCAUUCAAGGGCGGCUUCUCUUGGUAAUACUGACAGUCACAAAGGACUCCGUCCACCUGAAGUUAACACCUGGCAAGAUAAUAUGAAAGUGCAAAUUAUAAAAGCACAUCAUAACUGGAUCGCUGUUGCUUACACACAUUUUGUUACUGGCUACAGACUCACAGAUUCCUGCGGUUGGUAUAUAGUCUUCCAAUCACCAGUACAAGAUUCUGCUAUAGAACGAAUUGCCCUCAAUGCUAAGACAGGUGGCGCCACCUCUAGUGGUAGUAAUUCCACAGGAACUGAUGUGAUGCUGGGAAUCGCUAGUGGACCACUUGUGAGAUUGUGGGCUUUCUCAACCCAUACUGAACCAUUGAGGCGAAAUUUGAUAGGCACCUUUAAUCUUGGGGUUCGAGUGGAACAUCUACUGUUUGUGGGUCCACAACUAGUGGCAUUAAGUGGGCCGGGCAGUCGUAGUAAGGCGGGUGUAUGGCACACUAGCACUCAACACUGGCAGACUCAAGACGUAGCACACCUCACUACACAUGAUACUGCCGGCUCUUUUCUGUUAUUGGGAACAGCCACUGGUGCCAUCAAUUACAUAGACAUGCAAAAAUUUCCGCUUAGAAUGAAAGACAACGAUCUUCUGGUGACUCAGCUUUAUAAAGAUCCAAAUCAGGAGCCCAUCACCGCAAUAUCUGUUUACUUAACGCCCAAAACGAAUUUAUGUGGAAACUGGAUAGAAAUAGCGUACGGCACAAGAUAUGGAUCUGUAAGGGUGAUAGUACAGCAUCCGGAGACUGUGGGUCAUGGACCACAACUGUUCCAGACCUUCACUGUGCAUCAGAGCCCUGUGACUAAGGUUUCACUAUCAGAGAACUACUUGAUAUCUGUAUGCAGCGAAUACAAUCACGUCAGAUCCUGGCGUGUGACACGUUUUAGAGGAAUGAUAUCGACGCAGCCUGGUACGACACCGAAAGCAGCUUUCAAAGUUCUAGCUUUAGAAGCACCUACAGCACAACCUCACAAUGAUUGUGGACCGUAUGGUGAACAGGAUGAGGAGCAGAUAUUCAUACAAAAGGUCGUACCUGAUACAGAUACGCUCUACGUUAGACUAGCAUCUAAUGGUAAACGAGUAUGUACGAUCCGUUCGGUGGACGGGUCAGCGGUGUCAUGUUUCGUGGUAGUCGAGUGUGAAGGGGCGCUUCGUCCGCGACGUUUACUUCUGUGUGGGCAUCGCUCCGGGGCAGCACAGAUGUGGGACCUCACUGCACAUAUCGAUAGAGCUGCUAAACCCACACAGGCUGUAGCCGGCGGGAAUGGUGGAGGUGAGGGCGAAGAAUCUCCUGUAGCGGACGGCGGGCCUAGCCCGGAUGAAUUGGUUCGUCUGUUGUCCGCGUGUGACCUUGACGCGACCCCAGCGCCACCUGUACCUUCCUCACCAAACAGACCUAUACAAGCGCCUUGA